GUGAACCUCCUCCCUCCCUGAUGGUGUUCAAACUGGCUGCAGCCUGCAGCAGCUCACACACACUCACACACACUCACACACACACUCUCAGCUCCCAUUGAACGGUGGACAGUCCAGGUGUUGUGUUGUUGUUGUGUUGGAGCUCCAGGCAGCAGGCAGACAGACAUGUUACCAAAGACACGUCUGGGGAAGCGUUCUCCUCUCGGGGCGCUGGUGAGCUCCACCUGCCCGGCAGCAGGCCAGGUGACGGGUGACACCGGCGUCACCAUGGAAACAGCAGCAGGACAUCUGACAGCCAGCAGAGUCAAAGGUCACCCCGGGCUGAAGGUGUACUUUCAGUGUGGAGGAGCAGGUGAAGCUUCAGGUGUGAUCGAUCAGCCUGACCUCAUGCAGAGUGACGCUUCUGUCUGGCCUUCAUCUCAUCUCUCCUCCUGCAGCAGAUCUGUCUCCUCCUGCAUCGACGUCCCCAGAAGUCAGAGGAGUCCACACGAGGUGGACAUGGACGAGCUGAUGGCAGCGAUGGUUCUCAGCAGUUUGUCCUGCAGCCCUCUGCUGCACAGCCCCGCCCACCAGGACACCACAGCUCCUCUGAUGGACUGUGGCGGUGGCGAGCUCUGUGGCGGCGGCGAGCUCUCUGACGGCGGCAGCAGCGGUUACUGGAGCAUCGGCCACGGCAACGGCAGCCCGGCUCCCUCUCCACCAAUCGCGGAUGCCACUGUCAGCCCGACCACGCCCUCUGAUGAAGGGCUGGACAUGGAGCUGGAGCAGGUGCUGUUCGAUGAGCCGGCGCCGCGGAGACGAAGGAACUCGGUGAAGGCGGCGUACAGGUGUCUGUGGCCGAGCUGCGGGAAGGUCCUGACGUCAGUGGUGGGAAUCAAACGUCACAUCCGGACAACACACCUGUGCCGCGGCGGAGAACACGAGCGUUGUUCUCGCAGCGAGGAGGAUUUCUACUACACUGAGAUCAGCCAAUGGGAGGAGCAGCAGCAGUCUCCUCCCCUUCCUCUCCUCUGCAGCCCCGCCCCCACCUCCCCCACCUCCUCCUCCCCCUCCUCACCUCCCAGCCCUCCUCCUCCCUCCCCUCCCUCCCCACCGUCUUCCCCGUCUCCAACCUGCAGCGCUCUGAGUCGCUCCGCCCCCUCCUCCUCAGGCGCCUCUUGGCAGGUCCAAUCAGAGCACUCCUACCAGGCUCCACCCCCCAGUCAUGUGACAUCAGCAGCAGCACCGUUGAACACACCCACCUGUCGUCCGAUGGCUCCGCCCACCAGCUGCCUCAGACAGGGUUUGGCGUUUCGGGUGCGUUCGGUCAGCGUAGGCGAGCAGUGGCUGCAGCAUCAGAGCGUCUCCUGCAGGAGGAUUCGAGGUGAAGCCAAAAAAUGCCGGAAGGUGUACGGCAUCGAGCACCGAGACCAGUGGUGCACGGCCUGCCGCUGGAAGAAAGCCUGCCAACGCUUCCUGGACUGAAGGAGGAAGAGCGAGCGGAAGAGGAGGAGAGGAGGAGGACUGAGGCAGGCUGAGGCCUUCAGCUCACCUGCUGGAUGUUUUAUAUUCUCUGACAGCAGAAAUAUGUGUUGUUUUAUACUCUUUCUACAUUUUCUAUACAUGUCUUUUUUAUUUGGAAUGUAUUUGUAGAAGGUGUUUGUAGACGUCCUGUCAGUUUGAGGCAGCUACGAUGUGACCUUUGACCUUUGAGGCAGCUGAGCGAGUCCGUGUCAGGACCUGUACGUUACAAAUGGACCCAGUAACCGUGGCAACACUCGGCUCAGAGCUGAUGCUGCUCUGAUGAAUGUUCAGGCUCAGCUGGGUGACACUGGGCUCAAUCUUUCUCAUGAAGCUGGUUCAGGUUCAGAUGCUGCCGCCUCACAUCACAUUUAUGGAGUCACCACUUCUACGGGAUCCCAGCAAGGCCAAAAAUACUUAACUCCCAUGUAAAGGAACAGUUCGCCCAAAACUGUAAACCAGUCAUCCUGUCCUGAAGCAGCUGGAGAUUUGAUUUAAAACAGAGAAACAAACAUCAGAUGUCUCACAGUCUGAACGAGAGCAGCGUGAACGAACAGGAAGCUGACGGCCUCUCAGGGCUGCGCUGAACGACGUGAGGCAGCUUCGUGAUUUAAACUCAACAUGUAAAUAAAAAGCUUCCCUCCGGACCGGACAGGAAGACGCACAGGUGUUCUCACUGAGCUCAGAGGGAGCUAACGCUAACACUAGCGCUCUGAUGACUCACAGCAGGAUCGAGUCGUGGAAAUCGCUGCUCGCGGUGCUAAAAGAGGUCAGACUCAGAGUACUGAGGACUGAAACUGCCAAACUCAAGCAUCUGUCAGUUAAUCAAUAAAUGGCUCAAUUCAUAAUAUGCACCAAAUAUUAAAUUAAAAAUAAAUUCAGGCAUUCAUUUAUAAAAUGUAUUAAAUUGAUACUUAUCUAUUAAUCUGCUCAGUCUGCCCAUUUAACAUCAAAACUUUUAAUUGAUGUAUUCACUUUUAUAUUUAUUUCAUUACGGAUUUAUUUCUGUAUUAUUUGCUUUGAAUUUUACAAAAUAGUUCAUAAAUAAAUGCAGAAAGAAAUAUUAAUGAAUAUAAAUUAAAGUACUAAAACAGAUGGGAACAUCAGUAAAUAUGGGAAAUAACACAAAGUAGGCAAACAGAAAAAAAUCACUUUGUCACAUUUUAUAAAUAAAUUAAUGCCUCCUUUAAUUUUUAGUGAUUUUGGUGACAUUUAAUGAAAUUUAUGUAUUCAUGUAUUUUCUGAGCUGUGUAAUUAUUUAGUAGUUUGGCAGUUUCUCCGUUCAGGAGCAGCUUUGGACCCCGACUAACACCACAUCUGCUGCCUGUAUUAUAGUCUGUAAUAAGCAGCUUUAAGGUGCCAAACAGGUGGACAUCAGUCGGUCGGCUCUGGGCUCUAAAGGCAGCGAUGGUGUGCCAGGCUCCAUAAACUGCUCCCACACACUGAACCCAGGUUUACUUUACCGCCAUUUAUCGUAUCAGGCAUCAACAUCGUCUCAUCUCACCUAAACGAAACAUAUCUUCACUGUAAAUAUCAUCACAGAGUUCGUCCUCGUUCAUUUCCCAUCAGCCACCAUUCUUCAUACGACCUUCAGUUCAGUUGUUAAAUGUCUGGAAGCAGAAGCCAUUUCCACUCGUCCCUGUGGAAACCACAUGCAGUAUUGAUGAAGACAUAUGUUUAAUUAUAGAAACACAAUGUUUUACACUGAGUCAUAUAUAUUUUAUAAUAUCUGUAGAAAUACAGAUUAUUAACAUCAGAGCACAGUGACGAGGACGACUCCUCCUGAAGCCUUUAAACUUUCUGAUGUUUCAACCAUUUCUUUGCAGUAAACUGAGAAUAAGGUUCUUGUAUUUAUAUUCUCUGUACGUCCUGUUUGUUUCUGAGCAAAAGAAGUAAAUGUUGAU